GCGUGAAUACGGCUGUGCUGUGAGGGACCCGUGAGCACCGAGCGUCUCUGACGUCAGUUCAUUUCUCCUCAUUAAAACUCCGACAGGCUGACGGAGAUGUCUGCUCCUCCUGCGCAGGACUUGGUGAAGCAGUGGGAGAGUCGUCUGUCCUCCGUGCAGUGAGCAGGCCCGUCUCAGACAGCAGGUGGUGGAGGAGGACACUGAGGACUGGCAGAGGAGCCCGGACUUCUCAGGCCUGCAGAGAGUCGGCGGAGUGGACCUCUCCUUCAUUAAAGGGGAUGACGUCAACGCCUGUGCCCAGCUUGUGGUCCUCAGCUACCCAGACCUGGAGGUGCUGUAUGAGGACAGUCAGAUGGUGACCCUGACAGCCCCCUACAUAGCUGGCUUCCUGGCUUUCAGAGAAACUCCCUUCCUCCUGGAGGCUCUGCAGAGGCUGGAGCAAAAUCAGCCCAAACUUUUGCCUCAGGUGGUGUUUGUGGAUGGGAAUGGUCUCUUUCACUACAGAGAGUUCGGCCUGGCAUGUCAUCUCGGAGUGCUGUCAGGGCUGCCAUGUGUUGGUGUGGCCAAGAACCUGCUGCAGGUGCAGGGUGUGUUCAAGAAUGAAGAACACCAGUCACAGAUAGCUGCUUUGCAGAAAGGAGGAGACAGCUUCCCACUCACAGCCGCCUCAGGCAAAGUGCUGGGAAAGGCAUUGCGAAGCUCUGACAAGAGCUCUAAGCCGGUGUACGUGUCCGUCGGCCACAAAAUUAGUGUGGACACAGCUGUACGCCUCACACACUCCUGCUGCCGCUACAGAGUUCCAGAGCCAUCACACAGGCCGACUGCCGCUCUAGAGAAUACCUUCGCAUACACUUCCCAGCUGCAGAUACAUGAAUCACAGAAUGAGGUCGUGUCAUGUUGGACUUUGGAUGGUUCUUGCAGUCAAGAACAAACUUUAUCGCUCCAGUUUGAGUCCUGCAGAAGCUGGCCGGUGUCAGGAGGGAUUUUUUUUUUUUUAAUGCACAUAUUUGUAUUGUCUGAUGCAGUUUUUAUAAAAUAAUAUGUUUAAUAUACAAUAUUCAGUGUUCUGGUUGGUUGGUUGGUGUGUUUCCUACAGCUGGUAAUUCAGGUAUGGGAGACAUCUCCCCAGUGUAGCCUGGAGCUCUGGACCUUUUGUAGUUGAGUUUCUCCUUUUUCACGUUCAGUCCUUUCUCUGAUGAUCUGUGGUUGCUUUUUCUAUUCUUGAGGCUGAGCAAGCCGCAGGAAAUCUAUCCUCUCUCGUCACUGUCCGUUUUUCUAUCCUUUUUGACAACGCAUACAGAGGGAGCAGGUCCUCCUUCAAGUCCACCAUGUUUCUAC